CACCCACUUGCCCAAUACGAAUAGGAGAGAGAAGGUAGAGAGAGAAAGAGAGAGGAGAGCGAGAGGUAGAGAGAGGAAUUUCAUUUUUGGUCCUUUUUCUGCUUGUUUUUGCUCCUGAAGCAUCUCCUACUUGCAGAAGAGUCCGUCCGUACAUAUAAAAGCUUAGGGUUUUAAGGCGGCUCAGAGAGACAAAACGAUUAGGAUUCGCGUCGUUUUUUUCUUCGAAUCUAUGAUUUGGGAUAAAUCUAGGGUUUCAGUUUUCCUCCCCAUUUUCGUUCGUCCCGGGAAUUGAAAAAUCAUAGCUCCAGUGAUUUUUCAGAAAAUAUAUGAUAGAAAAAAACAGAAAAAUUAGGGAGAAAUUUUGUAGUUUUGUUCUUUAUAUGAGAUAAAUUAGGGUUUCGAAUUUGAUGGACGAGAUCUGGGAGCGAGCCGUUGAGACAGCGCUAGAGGGCCAGACUGACCACGCCGCCGCUCGAGCCCUAACCCUUGACGGUGCCGUUAAGUGUGUCCAGGGUCGCCUGCCCCCUCCGAGCCUUCUAGAGAAGUUCCAGAACCUUCAGCACCUCUCAAUCGCAAACGUCGGCGUUUCGUCCCUGGAGCAGUUCCCGAGGCUCCGAAAUCUCCAGAAGCUCAUCCUCUCUGAUAACAGAAUCGCCGGCGGCCUUGAAUUCCUCGUCGAAGCCGGACUCGACUCGCUGAGGGAUCUCGACCUCUCAAACAAUCGGAUUCCAGUCGAGGAUCUCGCGCCGCUAGCGCAGCUGAGGCUCGUCUCGCUUGAUCUGUAUGAGUGUCCGGUCACGCACGUCAAGGAUUAUCGAUCUAGGGUUUUUGGAUUGAUUAAAUCGUUGAAGUAUUUGGAUAAGAUGGACGCGGAUGAGAACGAGAGGCCGGAAUCUGAUGAUGAGGAGGAGGAUGAAGAGGACGAGGAGGAUGAUCCUGGGAGUGGUGAAAUUGACGGGGAGGAGCGGCCGUUUGAGAUGACCAAUGGGCACAGUGAGGCGGUUGAGGGAGUUGUGGAUGUUGAUGAGGAUGAAGAGAGUGAUGCGGAUGAGGAGGAGACGGUGACUGCGGGGAGAGUGAACGGAGUGAAUCACCCGGCUGAGAACGGCUUCCGGUUUGCUGCGACUGGUGAAGAUGGCGAUGAGGAUGAGGAGGAGCCCGAUGAGGAUGAUGAGAAUGAUUCUGGUGAAGAAAUCGAUGAGGAUGGCGAGGAUGACGAUGUGGUGGAAGUUCAUGAGAUUGAGGAUAGUGAUGAUGAGGAAGAUGGGGUUGAGUAUGAUGAGGAUGAUGAUGACGACGAUGAUGAUGAUGACGAGGAAGAGGAGGUGGACAAUGAUGAAGGGGAUUUGGCAGAGCCGGAGAGUACAGGGCGGUUGACGAGCAUGGAGGGAGAGAUUGAUGGGCAUGAGCAAGGGGAGGAUGAUGAUGCAGAUGAAGACGAUAAUGGCGAGACCGGAGAGGAAGAGCAGUUAGUAGAGGAAGAUGGAGAGUUUGAGGAUGAGGAUGGUGAUGAAGAGGAAGAGGACUAUGGUGCAGGUUACUUGGUUCAACCGGUAGCACAGGCAGAGGAAGAAGAUGCUGGGGGCAGUGACAUGGACCCCGGGAAUGAAGAAGGAGAUGGCGAAGAGGAAGAAGUGGAAGACGAAAAAGAUGACGAAGUUGAGGUGCUACCCCCCUCGUCGUCAUCGCAACUCAAGCGGAAGAGAGACGGAGAUGCAGAUUCAGACGACAAUGGAGAGGACGACGAGGAAGAUGAUGACGUGGUUGAGUACAGCAAGUCUUCGAAGAAGCAUCGUUGACAGAGAGUCAGUAAUCAUCAAUCUGGUGACAGUAUUUAAUGUUUUUGUUGAUGGUGUUUUGCUGUCUUAGUUUGGAAAAACAGAGAAACCUCGUAGAGAGAGAUUAGAUUAGAUUUGGUUGGUUGGUUGGUUGGUUGUUAAUAGACUUGGAUUUUCCUGAGAUGUUGGACAAACAACAUAUAUAAAAUGUUAAGGAUGUUUAAAAAGUCGUUGGUGAACCAUGUAGCCGUUGCUGGAUGUUAUUCAAAUGACAGUUAUGCGGGGUUCUUGUUUGGGAUGGAAGGAGGGAAGAGCAAUUGGAGAGUUGGAGGGAAAAAAAAGACUUGAAAAAUUGUUGUUUUUUUGAUAUGUGUUCGUUUGUCCAACCAGGUCGUCGUUUAAAAAAAAAAAAAAAAAAUGGUGGGGAGGGGAUUGUAAAAACUCUGUAGAUGGUCCUUGUAUCUCUUUGUAUAUUAUGUUGGCAUUUAGGCUUCGAGUCUUGGUA